AGGAACUGUCUAAUAUGCAGUAUUAUAGAAAUUCAUUGAUUAAAUACUCGUUUGACGGCUGAAUUAAGUCAGAAAAAAAAGAAAAAAAAGUAAACAAUUAUUGAUUUUGAAAUCUAAGACGAUUUGCAAGGCGAUAAGAUUACAUUAAACCACUUUGCAUCACAUAUAUUAAAUUUCUGUCAAAUAUAAGCCGAAAAGCCGAGGCUGUAUGAAAUAUUACUAAUAGUACGGUGACAACGAGCACUCAAUAAAGUCACACUUAAAGGAAAUGUGGAAGCAACUCAUACUACUCGCUUUUAUACUGGCCAACUGCUCAGCUACAGAAGUUAAGAAAUGUUCCGACGACAAGCCCUUUCCUUUGGCUGUACGCGUGCUGAACUGUGAGAUACCACCCUGUGAUGUUAUCAAAGGCACUGACAUGAUAUUCGAAAUCGAUUUUUUCGUGAUGAAAUAUGUGACGAAAUUGACCACUUUGGUGAGGGCCACCAGCUUCGGCAUGACAAUACCGUAUGAAUUGCCCGAAGAUGUGCGCGAUGUCUGUACGAAUCUCAUGUACCACGCUUACUGUCCACUUUAUGCCACAGAAGACGUGACGUAUCUCUUCAAGUUCCCUAUUGGUAAUUAUCCCGAGGUUAGUGUUAAAGUGGAAAUAUAUCUUGUUGAUCAGGAUAAGGAUGUGGCCACAUGUUUCGUUUGUAAUAUUAAAGUGAAGAAGGGACCUACGGGUAAUACUACUGUUUAUGAAAUUGACUAUUAAAUUUUUUAAUGUGAAAAUAAGGGAAUAAAGUGAAAUAAAAAAUGUAUAUUUUUUGACGGAAAAUUCAACUGUG